CGACGAUCAAAAAAGUGGUUGCCCGUCCAAACCGCUUCUCCAAUCCUUCAGUACUACUUUCAUAAUGCCCAUUCACCGUGGUGUCGUCGUUUCCGCCGGUCUUAUGGCGAAGACCAUCAAGGUCAGGGUUGCAACAAGAGUGACGCACCCUAUCGUGAGGAAGGUUAUUACGAAGCACACAAAUUUCUUGGUCCACGACGAGGAACAAACUGGUCAGAUCGGCGAUAUCGUUGAGAUCGCGGAAGGCAAACAAAGAAGCUCCAAGAAGAACUACACGCUCACGAAGAAGAUCCAUGAAGCCAAAUUGCCGGCCCUGCUGGCACAGGCAGCUGCGGAGCAGGCGAACCAGGCGCAACAGGAGAACCAGCCGCAACAGGCGCAACAGGAGAACCAGCCGCAACAGGCGCAACAGGAGAACCAGGCGAAACAGGCGAAACGUGCGAAGCGGGAGAAAUAGGCGAAAUAGGCGAAACAGGCGGAGCCCAAGGCGGCCAACUAGGUGCGCACGGCAGCGGUGUGAUUGUUUCUAUACGAAUUUAGGUUUCAUUGGCGUUUCAUUCGGUUUACUUGGAUAUUUCGAUUUUCGGAGAAUGUACUUUCGAUAAAGCAUAUGCAUUAUGGGUAACAAAAGCGAUACUCUCGACACGAGCGAGGUUUCGCAAUACAAUAUCAAACGAUGCACCUGCAAAUAAUGAGGGAUAUCCGCU